AGAGCCGCCCGGAGCAGGCCGAGGUCCGGUCGCGGCGCCCCCGGCUCCGCCAUGGUGCAGGCCUGGUACAUGGACGAGUCGGCCGACGACCCGCGGCUGCCCCACCGCACGGAGCCCGCCCGCCCGGUCGGCCUGGACCAGCUGCGCCGGCUCGGCGUCCUCUACUGGAAGCUGGAUGCUGACAAAUAUGAGAAUGAUCCAGAAUUAGAGAAAAUCCGAAACGAGAGAAACUACUCCUGGAUGGACAUAAUUACCAUAUGCAGAGACAAACUACCAAAUUACGAGGAGAAGAUUAAGACAUUUUACGAGGAGCACCUGCACCUGGAUGACGAGAUCCGCUACAUCCUGGACGGCAGUGGCUACUUCGACGUGAGAGACCAGGACGACCGGUGGAUCCGGAUCUUCAUGGAGAAGGGGGACUUGAUCACCCUUCCCGCCGGCAUCUACCACCGCUUCACGCUGGACGAGCAGAACUACGUGAAGGCCAUGCGGCUGUUCGUGGGCGACCCCGUGUGGACACCGUACAACCGGCCAGCCGACCACCUGGAGGCCCGCGGGCAGUACCUGCGGUUCCUGGCGCAGUCCACGUAGCCCGCCCCGGCCUCCUGCUGCAGGUCCGCUGUGGUGGCUGCAGGAAGUCCCCCGUUUUCUCCUUUUUCUGGCUGCAGCCGAGGCUGGGGGGGCUUCCCUCUCAGGAUUGUUUGAUCAGAGUGCGCGCUGAUGACUGACUCGUCCCCGGCAGCAUCUGGGCAGAUCUGCCGCUUUUCUCUGGCUCGGGAUCGGUGGGUCGGUGGCCCUGGGUCCGCUGGUGCCUUCAGCUCUAACCCAGCGAGUUUGUCGCCUCGAACGCCGACGCUUCGCUGCCCCGUGACUCUUGGCCUCUAAGCAGAUGCCCAUCCAUCAAGGCCACCUGUGUGUGUGUGGGGGGUGACAGCAGUGACAGGCCCUGCCGGGGAGGAGACACGGGGGCGCUGGUGGGGGAAGCCGGGGGACAAGCUGGUGUGUUGGGGGGACGCUCACUUGCUGAUGCCACUUCUCUGUUCCAGAUAAAGUAGCGCCUUAAUUUUCUGCUUGCGGCUUGGGGUUGCCCUGUAUGUACUACAGCACAUUAAAAUCACCCCCUUCAUGUAAACUGG